CAUUGCUGUUGUUCGGCGUUACUACUGCGCACGCGCAUUAGAUCACGGCGUGACACGCGUGUGGAGGAAGUGGAAUGACAGUUCAGUAGCAGCAGCUGCCUCUUGCACCACACAGAACCGGCAAAACUGUACUUGAUCUAUUGCACUAAAAAUGUCGUGGCUGUUCGGCCUGAACAAGGGGCAGCCCGAAGUGCCCCCCGGUCUCCCGGCACAGCCUCCUCCGCCUCCGCCGCCCGCGGGAGGCUCCAGCGGCGGCGGAGAUAAACCCAAGGACAAAUGGAGCAACUUCGAUCCUACCGGACUGGAGCGGGCUGCUCAUGCGGCCAAGGAGCUCGACAAGUCCCGACAUGCCAAAGAGGCUCUGGACUUGGCCCGGAUGCAGGAGCAGAGUACUCAGAUGGAGCAUCAGAGCAAAAUGAAGGAGUAUGAAGCAGCACUCGAGCAGCUCAAAGGGGACCAGUUACGGAUCCAGGGAGAGGAGAGGAGGAAAACACUGAAUGAGGAGACCAAGCAGCAUCAAGCUAGAGCUCAGUAUCAAGACAAGCUUGCCAGGCAGAGAUAUGAGGACCAACUAAGGCAACAGCAAGCCCUGAAUGAGGAGAACCUGCGCAAACAAGAGGAGUCUGUACAGAAACAGGAAGCCAUGAGAAAAGCCACAAUAGAACAUGAGAUGGAGCUGAGGCACAAGAAUGAGCUCCUGCGCAUAGAAGCAGAGUCUAAAGCACGAGCUCACGUGGAGAGAGAAAACGCUGAUAUCAUCCGUGAGCAGAUCCGCCUGAAGGCUGCAGAACACAGGCAGACUGUCCUGGAGUCCAUAAAGACUGCAGGUGCUGUGUUUGGAGAAGGAUUCAGAGCCUUUGUGUCAGACUGGGACAAAGUCACAGCCACGGUGGCAGGACUGACCCUUUUAGCUGUGGGUGUUUAUACGGCCCGAAACGCAACAGGUGUGGCAGGACGUUACAUUGAAGCCAGGCUCGGGAAACCAUCACUGGUGCGGGAAACGUCCAGAUUCACCGUGGCAGAAGCAAUAAAGCAUCCCGUCAAGACGGUUAAACGGCUAAAGAGCAAACCUCAGGAUGCCCUCGAGGGAGUUGUGCUCAGCCCACCCCUGGAAGAGCGUGUGCGUGAUGUUGCCAUAGCAACAAGAAACACAAGGCAGAACAACGGCCUGUACAGAAACAUCCUCAUGUACGGCCCCCCAGGCACAGGCAAAACUCUCUUUGCUAAGAAGCUGGCAAUGCAUUCUGGGAUGGACUACGCCAUCAUGACUGGCGGAGACGUGGCACCCAUGGGCCGUGAUGGUGUGACAGCCAUGCACAAAGUGUUUGACUGGGCCAACACAAGUCGACGCGGACUUCUGCUUUUUGUUGAUGAAGCUGAUGCAUUCCUUCGCAAAAGAUCCACUGAGAAGAUCAGUGAAGACCUCAGAGCUACCUUGAACGCAUUCUUGUAUCGCACUGGAGAACAGAGCAACAAGUUCAUGAUGGUCUUGGCGAGUAACCAACCAGAGCAGUUUGACUGGGCCAUCAACGACCGUAUAGAUGAAAUAGUGAAUUUUGCUCUGCCAGGCCCAGAGGAGAGGGAGAGGCUGGUGCGGUUGUACUUUGACAAAUAUGUGCUGGAACCCGCCACUGGAGGGAGGCAGAGGAUGAAGCUGGCCCAGUUUGACUAUGGUAAAAAGUGCUCUGAGAUAGCGAAGCGGACUGACGGCAUGUCAGGACGAGAGAUCUCCAAGCUUGGUGUGGCCUGGCAGGCGGCAGCAUAUUCGUCUGAAGAUGGCAUUCUGACAGAGGCGAUGAUUGAUGCUCGAGUUGACGACGCUGUCAAGCAGCACCUUCAGAAGAUGGACUGGCUGCAUGGGGAGGAGGAGGUUCAGGGUAAGACCCUCACUCCCCCAGCCGGGGCAAUAACCAGUGGGGGUAAAAUAGGCUUUGAUCUGCCCCUCAGUGAAGCACCUCAAGCUGAGGAGGUGAUCACUCCAGUGCUGGAGAUUAUUACAAAAGAAGAAGGUGAAAGUAAAGCAACUCCUCCUUCAGACAUCGACUCUUUAGAAGAAGGCAAGAGUGGACAGGACUGUAAAGAAGCUUUCAAAGAAGAAACUGUAACAACAGCAGAGAGUUUAGCCAAGCCUGCUGCUUCUGCUACAGAGGAGAAGGAAGACAAAACUGGAUCCUCUCCUCCAAAAGAUGGAACUCCAGUUUGAUUUUUAGAUGGUUCAGCUGGAGAAAAAAAAUAGUUUACAGCCCCUUUAACUUGUCCAUCAGAUUGUUUUAAAGUCUUGUUGGACUGGCAGAAGAUUAAAGUAAAGUUUUCCAACCAGAACACAGGAGACUCUAUCAUUCUAAUAUAUAAUGUAUUGAUCAUAAAAAUGUACUUAACAUGGAAACCAGACUGUAAUAACAGUAUGUAAGUGUUGUACACAGUGAAGUGUUCACUGGAAUGAUUAAAUGGAUGUUUUUUUAUAAAAUGAA